GAUACCAACUUCAAUCCGUAUUGAACCGAUAGUUAAUAUAAUUGCGUUCUUCGGUUCACAAGCACUCAGAAGUUUGUAAAGAGUGCAGAAAGUAUGUUAUGUUUUCGUUAACCGCGCGUUUCAAGAAUUAUUUAAGUUAGUUCUCGAACCAAAUUACACCUAUCAAUAGAAAACCGUUUUGUGUCGAAAUUUUACAUUUUGCAAAAGUAAUAACAAGUAAUAUGAUUCCAUCGAAAUAUUUUUAAUUUACUAUUGCUUUUCAUAAUAUAUACAAAAAAAAAAAAAAAAAAAAAAAAAUUUGGAAAGACCUAUAUAUAAUUUUCUAUGUUAAAUUUAUAAAUCCUUCGUUUUAUAUAUAAUCAUAACAUGACUUUAACAAAAUUCUUUAUUCCACAUAAAUGAGAAAAAAAAAGUAGAAGAGGACAAAAAAAGAAAACUAAAAAUGCCUGCCAAUUUCAGUAAAUUUAUUAAAACAAGUUGUAAAGAAUGCACACAUUGGUGGACAAAUUCGUGUAUUUCUGCAUCGAUGGGUCUUGGCCUAGACUGUUUGCAAGAAUCUCUGAAAAUUUAUUCGAUAGUAUAUAUCAUUACUUUAUUGAUGAAACGAAAGAAACCAACAAAAGAUAUCAUUAUACAAACAAUAUUAGGAAUUCUUCAAUCUUCAGCAUUUCUUUCUUGGACUGCAUUUAAUUAUUCCCUAAAUAUUUGUGGUCUAAGGAAGGUGUUAGGAUGUAUGAAUAUUAUUACAGUAUCUUUUUUACCUUCAUUUCUAUCUAAUAUAGCUGCUAUUUUAAUAGAAAAACCUUCUAGGCGUACUUUAUUAUGUCUCUAUGUGUCAAAUGUUGCAACAGAAACCUUAUUUAAUAUGGGCAUUUGGAGAGGAUAUUAUCGAAGCAUUCCAUAUGGACAAGUUUAUAUUUUUGCUUUAAGCAUAAGUAUGUUACUUUACUUUUAUCGAUCUAAACCUGUCAAGCAAGAUUCUAUAUACAAACUUAUUAGGUUUAUCAUUGGUCCAUAUGAACAGACUGAAUAUUUUGGCAAAAGAAUUGAAAAUUUUCAAACUACUUCUUCCACUCAACCUUCAGAAUUAAGAACCUUUAACCUUUUAGAAAGAAGAUCCAAACGUCAUACCUUUGAUAUUAUUUGGAAGUCUUUUGAAGUUUACAAACAGAUCAUAAAUAAUUUAAAAAAUAAAAGUAAACAUUUGUCUUGUCCACACCCUUACAGCUGUGCUCAUUAUAUAUUAAUGAGCGGAGCACAAUUAUUCAGUUAUGGAUAUGGUAUACAAGUAGCCAUACAAUUGAUCUUUCAUUAUAGACAAAUUUUUACAAAAUCAAAGAAUAUAAAAAAAAUAUUAUUUAAAAGAAAAUAUUUCAAGUUUGCUGUAUUUCUAGGAGGAUUUACUACACUUUACAAAUUCACAUCAUGUUUACUACGAAGAAUAUAUAAUAAAGAUUCUCCAAAGUUUGCUAUACCUGCUGGUUUGGUUGCCAGUAUUGCAUUUAUUGCGUUUCCAAAUAAUACUUUAGCUUUAUACUUUAUGUGGAAAGUACUACAUUUAAUCUGUAUCGAUGGAGUAGAAAAAGGAAUACUUCCUGAUGUUAAAUGGUUUGUUAUUUUUCUAUAUAGCUUCUCUACAGCAGUACUUUUUCAUGCAGGUAUUUUUGAACCACAAAAUUUAAGAACCUCUUACUGGAAAUUUCUGUAUAAGGUAUCUGGUGGAAGAAUAGCAUCAAUAUCACGUCUUCCUUUAGAACCCUUUGGUCUUAAUAGUUAUAAAUCAUUGCAAGAAGUACUUGCACGAACUAAUACUACUGAUAAACGUAUAUAUUCAUUUUAAUUAGUUCAAUAAAAUUGAAAACAAACAUGUAUUCUAUUUUUGUAUAUUAAAAUAUUAAAACAAUUGUUUAACCAAAGAGUAUAAAAUGUAUUUCAUAAUUGUGAAAGAAUCUGAAUACACUACAAAAUAUACUAAUAAUACAA